AUGCCUAACGUGAAGUCUCCCAUUGCCGACAAGGGUAUCAACUAUACGAGCUGCUACUGCACGUCCUACCCCGACCAGAAUGCAUUGAACUUGAUUCGUGACAACACCAUGGCUAUGCUCGACGAAGCAAUAAAGAGCAAAAGGCCGUUCUUUACAGCAGUCGCACCUGCGAUUCCCCAUCUCGGCCUCAAUGCCACCGACCAUGGUACCCACUGGCCCGUUCCACUUCCCAAAUGGGAACACAAAUUCAAUGAUAAGAAGGUUCCAAGAACCAAGAACUUCAACCCCAAUAAGGUAUAA